AUGGCUUUCAAAUUCGUAGUACUUUGCGCCGCUUUGGCUUGUGCCAACGCCGGACUCAUCGGUGCACCAGUUGCUCACUACUCUCCAGCUGAAGCAGUCAGCUCCAGCUACAUCCACCAAGCAGCUGCUCCAAUUGCUGUUGCCCAUGCCGCUCCAAUCAUCGCCAAGACCUACGCCGCCCCAGUAGCUACCUACGCUCAUUCCGCCCCAGUAACUACCUACGCUCAUGCCGCACCAGUAGCCACCUAUACCCAUGCCGCCCCAAUUGCCGUGGGAACCACCAGCCAAAGCGUAGUCCGUUCUUUGGGAGGAGCUCAAGCAGUAUCUCACUACUCCAAGGCUGAGGACAGUGCCUUUUCCACCGUCCGCAAAUACGAUACCCGCAUCACCAACGAUGCUUACUCCUUUGCCCAUGCCGCCCCAGUAGCUACCUACACCAAAACCUAUGCUGCUCCAGUAGUCGCUAAGGCUGCUUAUGCUGCCCCAAUAGCUACUUAUGCUCAUGCCGCUCCAGUCGCCACUUAUGCUCAUGCUGCUCCAGUAGCUACCUACGCUCAUACUGCUCCUGUUGCCAAAGCCGCCAUUGCCUACUCUCCAGCUAGCGUUGUCUCUCAUACUUCCUUCGCUGGUCUUGGUGCCCAUUACGAAUGUAUCACAACCCAAACAACAAUGGCAUACAAAUUUCUAGUUCUCUGCGCCGCUUUGGCUUGCGCCAAUGCAGGUCUCAUCGGAGCUCCAGUUGCUCACUACUCUCCAGCUGAAACCGUCAGCUCCAGCUACAUCCACCAAGCUGCUGCUCCUAUUAUCGCCAAGACCUUCGCUGCUCCAGUAGCUACCUACACUCAUGCCGCUCCAGUAGCUACCUACGCUCAUGCCGCUCCAGUAGCCUCUUAUGCUCAUGCUGCUCCAGUAGCUACUUACGCUCAUGCCGCACAAGUCGCCGUUCACGCUCCAGCUGUAGGAACCACCAGCCAAAGCGUAAUCCGUUCUUUGGGAGGAGCUCAAGCUGUAUCUCAUUACUCCAAAGCUGAAGAUAGCGCUUACUCCACCGUCCGCAAAUACGACACCCGUAUCACCAACGAUGCCUUCUCUUAUGCUCAUGCUGCUCCAGUAGCUACCUACACUCAUGCCGCUCCAGUAGCUACCUACUCUCAUGCCGCUCCAGUAGCCUCUUAUGCUCAUGCAGCUCCAGUAACCACUUAUGCUCAUGCUACCCCAGUUGUUGCUAAGACCAUUACCCCAGUAGCUACCUAUGCCCAUGCCGCUCCAGUAGCUACCUAUGCUCAUGCCGCUCCAGUAGCCACCUACGCUCAUACCGCUCCAGUUGCUACCUAUGCUCACGCUGCCCCAGUUGUAGCCAAGGCUGCUCUUACCUACUCUCCAGCUUCUGUUGUAUCCCACACCACCUUCGAAGGUCUUGGUGCCCACUACCAAUGUUUACUUCAAACUAUCACAAGACAAACAACAAUGGCAUUCAAAUUUUUAGUUUUCUGCGCCGCUUUGGCUUGCGCCAACGCAGGUCUCAUCGGAGCACCAGUUGCUCACUAUUCUCCAGCUGAAACCGUCAGCUCCAGCUACAUCCACCAAGCUGCGCCAGUCGCUACUUAUGCUCAUGCUGCUCCAGCUACCUAUGCUCAUGCCACUCCAGUAGCUACUUACGCUCAUGCCGCCCAAGUCGCCGUUCACGCCCCAGCUGUAGGAACCACCAGCCAAAGCGUGGUCCGUUCUUUGGGAGGAGCUCAAGCUGUCUCUCAUUACUCCAAGACUGAAGACAGCGCUUUCUCCACCGUCCGCAAAUACGACACCCGCAUCACCAACGAUGCCUUCUCUUAUACUCAUGCUACCCCAGUGGUUGCUAAAACCAUUGCUCCAGUAGCAACAUAUACACAAGCCGCUCCAGUAGCUACCUAUGCUCAUGCCGCUCCAGUAGCCACUUACGCUCAUGCUACAUACGCUCAUGCCGCUCCAGUUACUACCUAUGCUCAUACCGCUCCAGUUGUAGCCAAGCCUGCUCUUACCUACUCUCCUGCUUCCGUUGUAUCCCACACCACCUUCGAAAGUCUUGGUGCCCACUAUCAAUGGUAA